UCCGCUCACCCGGCCGGUAUCUUCAGGAAGUGGAGAACCGGCUCACAGACACCGACCUGCGGCCAGUGGAGCUCCGUGAUCCCCGCACAGCUACAGUCGACACCGCCAACAUGCUGAUCACUGAAUACCGAAUCGUCCUGCCUGUGUCAGUGGAGGAGUACCAAGUGGGUCAGCUGUACGCAGUAGCUGAGGCCAGUAAGGAUGAGACGGGUGGGGGAGAAGGCGUGGAGGUGUUGGAAAAUAGACCCUACGAGGAAAAUGGAGAGAAGGGACAGUACACCCACAAGAUCUACUACCUGCAGAGCAAAGUGCCAGCUAUCAUCCGCACAUUAGCUCCGACUGGUUCUCUGGAGGUUCAUGAGGAGGCCUGGAACGCAUAUCCUUACUGCAAAACCGUCCUCACAAAUCCCUGGAUGAAAGAAAAAUUCUUGAUCAAGAUUGAGACGUGGCACAAACCUGACAUGGGGGAUCAGGAAAAUGUACAUGGAGCAAGCCCCGAACGGGAAAUAGUUGACAUCGACAUAGCGGACAGAAAAGGCAUAAGUUCAAGUGACUACAAACCAGAACUUGACCCAGCCCUCGUUAAGUCAGAGAAGACAGGUAGAGGACCUCUUGGCCCCAACUGGAAGAAAGAACUCGCUAACAACCCCAACUGUCCGCAUAUGUGUGCCUACAAGCUAGUCACCAUUGAAUGCAAGUGGUAUGGACUUCAGGCCAAGCUGGAGAAAAUGAUUCAAAAGAUGGAGAAGCGAAUUUUCACCAACUUCCACAGACAGCUGUUCUGCUGGCUCGACAAGUGGAUCGAUCUGUCCAUGGACGACAUCCGACGUAUGGAGGAUGAGACAAAGAACGAGCUGGAUAAGUUGAGGGCUGGUGAUAAAGUUCAAGGCAUGUCAAAUGAGUAAAAGUGAUUGCAACGGAUGGAUUCACCCGGACGAUUUGACUUCCUUCAACAAACUCAGUCUCCUCACCUCGGACACUGAACCCAGACCAGCUUGAUGGGCAUUGUCAAGAAUAUAGCACUUACAUCCUGAUAAAAUUUGCUUUUAAUAAGAGCUGAUUAUUGUAAAACAUUUGUUUGUAUUUAUGUACUGCAUUUGUGAAACCAACUUUGGGAAUGUAACAUUCUUGCUUAUGCCUAUUCUGUACUCUUAAAUUCAAAAACACUGGGGAAGAGGUUUGGUUUGUGUCUAAAGCAACAUAUCUGAUUAACUGUACUCGUGUGCCUUUUUAAUGGAAUAUAUUUGGACUUUGUGCUUUCCUUUGAUUUUGUAUUUUCCAGUUGUUUCCAAUUGUUUACUUUUUUAUUUUCAAAAAGAAAAGCUCCAGAGUUAUUUUGUUUUCUACAACUGACUUAAACAGAAGAGAUCUGACGACAAGUAGAAUAGGCUCUAGUGCAUUUAGCAAAUUUCUCCACUAAUCUCACAAAGUACACACAUUGUUUUUUUUUUUUAAUCAUCAAACUGGAAAUUCAUCCUGGCAUAGUGACUGGAAGCCAAACUUUAACUUGUGAGGUAUUAACAUUCAAAAUACCUCAAUCAGAGCAAUUUAAAGUAAGCUAUUCAUUCUGGUCUAAUUUGGUCCGGUGGUUGGUUUAACCUCGGACAAAGAUUACAACCGCUGUGUUCUAAUUACAACUUUAAGCUUUGACUGUCAGUGAUUAUAAUAUGUCAGAGAAACCUCAAGCUCGAGCAUAUUCCUAAAUAAUUGACACAAUAAAGCAGUUCUGUCUCGAUAACUUGAUAACUGGAUAACUUCUCUGUAACGUCAAACCUCUGUCAUUGUAAUUGUCUGAAUUUGGAUGUUUUAAUGUCGAUCCAAUUGUGUAUUAAAGAAAGUUUAUUUGUUGA